AUGGUAAUAAAAGAAGAGCGCGAUCCAGCUCUGCGCCGCCCAACUCAGCCCUGUUUAUACGUUUUACUUACACAAACAUGUGAUACUUCUCCGCAUAAUAAUAAACCAAGUAAACAAUUCGGCGAACGAAGUUACUUGCCAGACGUCGGCAAACUGUGGAAGAACUUUAAAGACUUGUUUGACAAAAAGGCCGGGCUGGAUCCGAAAUUUUCAUUUAAUCAAAUGGCAACUGAAAUCCGCGAGUUACGCGAAGGAAAAGGCGUUGCAGCCUCCACGUUGAAAAAAUUUUACAAACGAAAAACGAAUCCAAGGAAGAGCACAUUAAAUGCUAUCAAAGAAUGGAUUGAUAACAAUAAAGAAAUAGAUGACAGUGACAAUAUUAUUAAUAGUAGCGAUAAUAAAGAAGAUAAUGAAAUUUAA